GACUGGGGCGCCGGCAGUCUUGACUUCUCUGCUGGAGCAGCGUCUGUACCACUCGGAUAAUACCAAGCUUACACAGUACCUGCAACGGGACAAUUUCAACAUGAAGUUCCUGCACCGUGUAUUUUUGCUCCUUCUGAUAUCAACACUAGCCCUGGAGUCAGAGGCAUGGUUCGAUAUGCCCGUUUCUACUCGUCCUCAUCCCACAGGCUGCAAGUCACGACAACCAUUCCCAGAACGCACCUACGUGAUGCCCUGUAGCAACUAUAAUACCUGUUUCGACUACUAUUGCAAUCCCGGGUGCGUUCGUGUCUCCGGUGAUACGAGAAGGUUCUGUAUAAAAACUAGUCGUGGUGAAUACUGGAGUGGGUACGACCUCAUCUGCGAGGGAUCAUGCUGCUCGGAGCCACCAUUGCUGACAGGCACCAUAAGUCAAUGUAAAUACCCCUAUACGGAAGGGGCGGUAGCUACCUACAGUUGCCCUUAUUGGCACACCCAAGUCUCCGGCAGUACCACCAAGACCUGCUCUAAAGGCGUCUGGACUGGGGAAGAUCUGGUCUGCAAACUUAAGGAUGAGCCAAAACCAGUCUGCCCUACGCCACCAAGCCCAGCAGCCAACACCACAAUGAAGGCCUGCACCGCAACAUCCAAUUUCACAAAUGGAGACUUUUGUCGGUACGAGUGCAGUCCCGGAUACGUUCGACUCAGCGGGAGUAACUACGGAAUCUGCUCUAAUGGAGUAUCAUGGACUGGACCCGACCUGGUCUGUGUGAGAGGCUGCCCACGACCACAGACAGAUCACUCCGUCAUGACGUACUGUGAAGGACCCUCAAAAGUGGGAGCGCGUUGCGCUUUCUGCUGCCGUCCUCUGUACUUAGAAGCCUACGUAAAAGGCAGCAGGUUGGUCAUAACCUGCUCUAAUAAUGGGACCUGGACUGGAAAACCCUUGGUCUGUAAGCGAGCGCCGGCUAAGCUUGAAUUUGCGACCAUGAAGGAUGAGGAAACGGUCAGGAGGUAUCUUAUUUUUCUUAUGAACGGAGGAGGAGUAUUUGUCCCAUAAAUCAGCCUCAUUACUCAAAACUGGGUACCUAAUGGUUGAAAUUAAUACACCAGAUUAAUAACCGAAAAUAAUAAUAAUUCUAGAUUCAUGGUUUAUUCAUACAUAUACAUACAUACAUGGACAUACUAAAACAACGUUGCAGCUUGUUAUACCUUGCUGUAAAACUGGCUGACUUAAGUUACUUGUAGUCUUAAAAUUAAAAAAAAACCUUAACAUAUAUACAGCAUAAUAAACUUAUUAAUAAUCGAUACAUACCAAGGCUAACAAUAGCAGUAAUCAACGUUACCAUAUAGUAAUAAUUUGACAUUAAAAACAGGCUAUAAAUCCGUAUGUAAGAGUGUGGACAAGUAUGGAAUAGCACUGUUUUUGUGCCUAUUAUAUCUGGCAAAAGGUAUGCUAAUCUCGAACCCUCGUUUUAAACCUCUGUUGUGAAGUAUAUUACGUGUAGCUGGUAACCAGCUUCGAAAAGUGGGUGAAUUAAACAUGGAUUUCGCAAACUUAAGACAUAGAAAUUCUCUUCUUGCUUUUAAGUGCAAAUAUUUAGCCUACAUAGAGCUUUAGCAUAACAAGUAUUGCGCAACAAUUGUACACCGUACAAAGCAUGGCAUCUACUAAUACAUUUUCCUUGUUUGAUGUAAUCAAGUCAACUUUUACAGAUGAAGUAUUACGUAUAUUCAUCUAGCUUAACAUUUAUAACAUAAGUUGAUGUUUCCAUAACUUGAAAAUAUGCUAUAGAUCUUUCAAUAUCAAUCUGUAGGCAUUUUUUUCAUUUUACAUUUGUAUUUUCUGUUAAAUGUCCACUUUAUACAUUGCCUAGAUUUUGAUGUCAUGUAAGCCCGCACAGGCGAAGCAUUGUAAGGUGACAAAGUCGUAAUAAAAA